AUGUCUAAAGCUUUCGACAGUUUAAGCCACGAAGUUUUGUUGAGGAAAUUAGCGGACAUCGGUUUGUCUGAAUCAGCCACAAAGUGGUUUCGCAGCUAUCUCACUGGUAGAUCUCAAUACGUGAAAAUUGGCUCAAGCAAGUCGACGCCACUUCAUAUCACACAUGGUGUUUUCCAAGGAUCGAUUCUUUCCCCCCUUCUCUUCAGCAUUUAUACAAAUGACCUUCCAACCGCAGUGGUAAACAGUGGCCUCAAAUCGUUCGUCGACGAUAGUAAAAUCUUUUUGUCCUUUUCAGUGCAGGAUAAAUCGGAAGCAAAGGCCAAACUAGAAGAAGAUCUAACUAGAAUAACAAGCCGGUGUUGUACAAACUCACUUUUAACAAAUCCAGAAAAGACAAAAUUCAUGUUAUUCGGAUCACCAGCUUUGUUAAAACUAUUUACUGAAGAGUUCUCGCUGAGUUUUGUAGGCAAAACGCUAUUCCCUGUUUUUUCUGCCAAAGACUGGGGAGUCACGUUAGAUGCAUAUAUGAAAUUCGAUGAACAUAUCAGUCUGUUGGUUUCUAAAUGCAUGGCCAAGUUAUGCCAAAUCCGUAGGAUUCGUCAUCUCCUGGAUCAGGAAACGUUGUGUUCAGUGGUUCAAGCAUUGGUUUUGACAAGGUUGUUCUAUUGUUCGUCCGUAUGGGCAAACACAACAGCAAAAAUGUAAAGAAACUCCAGUUAGUCCAAAAUUUCGCAGCUCGUGUUAUUUCGAACACACGAAAGUUUGACCACAUUACACCCAUCUUAAGAGAAUUGAAAUGGAUGACGGUUGACCAAACACUUGUAUACAAAGACAUUGUACAAACAUACAAGUGCAUGAACGAUCUUUCACCGCCGUACCUGAGCGAGAAAUUCUACCUGCGAGAUACCAUCCACAAUUAUUCUACCAGGUCCAGUAAAGAUCUAGAAAUUCCAAAAUCAAAUACAAACUAUGGCCAAAAAACUUUUCAUUACCGCGCGACCAAACAUUGGAACAGCCUGCCUGAUUCAAUCAAAUCAUUGAGAAAUAUCAAACACUUUAAAUCUGAAGUAAAGAAAUACAUUUUAAAUAAUUGA